CUCCUCUCUGGGUCUUACUCUGAGUUAAGUGCAGUCGCUGUCAUCACAGAGAACCUUAGACAAUCCGUGUCCUCUCGCCACUUGCAGGAUCAGCUUCACAAGUAGGCGUUCGAGAAUGAUGCGGCCGAAAGAUUUAGGCCACGGCUCCGGUACCAAGACUUUUCUGGAUGCCAUGCAAGGUGGCAAAGUCCAUCUUGCACGCUUCAUUUUGGACGCCUUAGACGGCCGUAUCAUCAAUUCCAAGACGGAGAGCAGCCGCACUCUGCUCAUGUGUGCCGCCUGCCUUCAAGAUCCCGGAACGAGAUCCAAGUUCACCCGGCUGCUGCUGGAGAAAGGGGCAGAUGUCAACUGUCAGGAUGAGGACGGCCGCACAGCCCUCAGCCACGCCUGUGAGAUGGGUCACCUGGAUGUGGUCAAACUUCUCGUGCAGUUCAAUGCUGAUCCUGACGUCUCUGAUGCUUGGGGUAACAGCGCGCUCAUGUAUGCCGCCUUCUCCGGACACAGCCCGGUUCUGGAGUUUCUGAUCAGGGCUUUCAAAAGACUGGGACUGAAGCUGGACAGGACCAAUAACGCCGGACACUCAGCCAUCGAGGUGGCCAACUUUUUUGGACACAACCAGUGCGUGCAGAUUUUGAACUUUCCUUGCAGGAAGUUUAGCAGAGAUGAUCCACUUGUUGAUUUCAGCGCCGCUGUUGACGGAGAAUCCCGUUUACCCAACAAGCUCCCCAGGCAUGUCCUGGAGAGGUUCUCCAAACCGAUGACAAAUGAGGACCAGCUGCCAAGUGUAUUUCAGAGACAGAUGAAAAUUGGAGAUGGCAGUGGACUGUGGAGCCGAUUCAGAUGUCCCAGAAGCCAAUCGCAAGAGGACAAUCAAGACCAUAGUUGGAGUUUGCCUCCUCAGAUUGAGAAGAGCCAGACUGAGGGGGAUCACAGCAUUCUCUUUGCUGCCAAACAGCUGCAAAACCGCCAGUUUAGAGAGCUGAGGGGGGCAAAAAUCCCAAACUCUUUUCCUGAGCCAAAGCAAAAAGAUGUCAGCCAGGAUGUUAAACUCCCAGAGCGAGCACCUGAGAGUUUCCCUCUCUGGGGAAAAGCGAAGUCAUUUAACCUGGACGUUGUGAGCAGCAGAAAGCAGUCCUAUCAGGGUGAUGUGCGUGACAUGAGCCUGUCAGCCAGCAAAUUGAAGAGAGCCUCGCUCCAGGAUGAGCGAUGCCUGAUAAACAAGAUGGACUGUCAAGGGAACACUCGGGGCCUGACAAACGACUGCAACAAAACUAUCUCAGUGCCAAAACCUGUUUUAAGCAGCAAGGGUCAGCCAGUGAAAGCACUCCAGACAAAUGUCAAAUCGCAGAACACUGAGGCCGCUGACACGGCUCCGUCAAACAGAAAAGAGCAACAGAAGAGGGGGAGCCUUGGCUCGACCGCAAGACACAACAAGCUGCUGUUUGCCAGGGCAGAGAUGGAGGCACAGAAGAUCCCAAACCAGACAGCGGGGUUCGUGGGCCUGGGGACCCGACUGCUGCGCCGGUUUACUGCGCCGGAGUUCAUGAGGAUGGUGUUAGACUGCUCGUCUGCCUCCACAAAAGGCAGAGGUCAGAUGUCGCGCUCUGAUACCUUCCCUCUUUCACACACACACCAGCAGGUGAACAGUCAGCCGAGCGCUGACAGCAUCAGUGCUGUCAAAUGUGAGUUUGAGAGCUACUCCUCUCAGUCCACCCUUGACUAGUCUGAGGCGGAAAUGUUAUUUUCAUUUAUAAAACUGUAUUUUGUGUGCUUGGUCAGCUUUGCUAUUUGUUUAUCUAUUUGUAAGAUUAAGAAAUCAAAAUGCUUAAUUCUUGUUGUAUACUGAUACUACAUUUAAAAUCAGUCUGUAAGUUAAUAAAAUAUAAUUUUUAACACAUUCAGGAUUUAUAUUCUCUGGAAGCUUUUAAUAGUGCUCCUGUAUUUUGCCUAAGAUAUUCACUGUGUAUUAAUGCAAAACAUCUAAUAAAGAGAUUUAAAAAGCA